UUGCACAGAUCUCUGUUGCAUCAUUAACCACCACGUUCCCCUCCUGCCCAGCCCCCCUCGCCGUUCUCCACCGCUGACAGCCCCAGCACAGAAGGAGAGAUGAACCCCACCAUCAGCAUCGCUGUCAUCCUAACAGUGCUGCAGGCCGUGCACUGCCAGAAGAUCCGGGACCUGAGCGCCUGCUUGCUGGGCACGAGCCUGCGUGUGGACUGUCACUAUGAGAACAAGACCGCCAACCCCCUGACGUACGAGUUCAGCAUGUUCCGGGAGAACAGGAAGCGGGUGAUCCAGUCCACCCUGAGCGUCGCCGAGAACAGCCUCAAGGUGCGCUCCAACGUCACCCUGUCCAAGAACCUGGUGUGCCUGCAGCUGCACAACUUCGAGAACACGGACGAGGGCACCUACAUCUGCGAGCUGAAGAUCACCGGCGACCUCACCGGCAACCAGGUCAAGAACAUCACCGUCCUCAAAGACAAGCUGGAGAAAUGUGCCGGCAUCAGCCUCUUGAUUCAGAACACCUCGUGGCUGCUGCUCCUGCUCCUGUCCCUGCCGCUCCUGCAAGCUGUGGGCAUCAGGCGCCCGCACCGACCGGCCGAGCCCCACCGCCCGAACGUGGCCCUUUGCAAGAGAAGACGAAGAACGAUUUGAAACCAAGGAAAUCUCUCUGUGUAUAUCUCUCUAUAUAUCUGUAUAGCUACCGGUACCGCCUGCCCCCCGCUGCCAUCACACCACAUGUCCAAACCACGCUGGGGGCCGGGGUGGGGGGUUUCUAAGCAGUAUUAAAGGAUCCGACGCAUGGUGGCCUUCCCUUGCUCUCUGCUAGAUGGUGCAGCUUCUUCCAUAGCCAGUUUGGUGGUUUGUUUUCAGGGGCAAGGGUGCAGCUUUGCUUGUCCUGUUUUUUGUCUUUCAAGGAGGAGGAGACCCAGGGGGGCCCCUGGACCUGACUCUGGUAAGAGAGAUGAUCACAGAGUUAGGGAGCGAAGGGGGCCUUUUAGCCACACCCCAGCCUGGGAACGGCUGCUCGCUCUGGAGAGGAGGGGUGCUCCUGUGGAUAGGUUUGGCCUGGGUUAGCCAACCUCAGGCAAAGGGAAAGCUUUUGGGGGGGGCUGUGCAGUAGCUUUUCACCCCGGGGCAGCUGGGCUUGACUCCUGCAGGGAGAAUAAUUUAGGUGAGCGCUUAUUCUGUUCUUUAGCAGCCAUCAGUCCCCCAUUGCACCAAGCCAUGGUCCUUGGCACGGCUUGCUUCUCCAGCGGAGGGAAGGGCCAGCAUUAAAACAACCAGGCAUGAUGCUGAGUGGGCGGGGAGGGUCGCGCUACAUGGAGCCCCGACUGCAGCCACCACAAGGGGGUGCUGCAGGGCUCGUGUGGGGCGCAGGGCCGGACUGGUCAGAGGCACCAAAAGAGCAAGGAGCUUCAGGACUGAGGUGCCACUGCAGCCCUGCCCAUGCAGAAAGGCCCAUCGCUCCGGGAGCAAGCCCUCCCCCGUAAGAUCAGAGGCUGGCGGUUCGGUUAGGAGGUUGGGGGGAGAGGGGAAUUCGCCCCACGGGAGGGAAUGCAGGAGACAGCGGCUGCCCAGCCACUAGCUGGUAGAAACUCCUUGCUCAGCUCACUGUGGGAUUUCCAGGCAGAGGCAAGUGCCUUUCUCCCCAGCAAGCAGGAGGGAGCAGCUGCCUGCCAGUCGAAGGUCCAGCCACGGGCCUGGGCAAGAGAGGAUCUACCAGGAGGGUGGGGUGCUGCCGCCGCCCACAUCUCUAGAACCAGUCAAAGCUACUCUGUUCCCCCCUCCCGCACUCAUUAGCACACGUGGUUGUCUCCCCCUAGUGGUCAUGGGUAGAUGGCAGGAGCAGGGGCUGCCCCUAAGCGCCAGGCUCUCAUCCCUGCAUGCCGCCCUCUGGGUUUGUCCCCUGGUGCUAGUGAGACGGGCUGGCUCAGCUCCUUGCCUGGCCUGGCUUUCCUCCUGCAGCGUAGUUUCCCUCCAGCAGCGGGCUAGCGCACGACCGGCCAGAGGGCAGGGGGGUGGCAGUCUUCCUCCCUGGCAGGUUGACGGGCUCUGGGCAGGCCUGGCCUCUCCGCAGGAGCCGGAAAGGCCGCGACAGGUGUUUCUUGUGGCCAGCAGUUUGCUGUGUGACAGGCACCCCAGACUUAGAGUCCCCAGCUUGAGGCCAGAGCAGGGAGCUUCCAGGAUGGAGGCCUAGGACUUCCCAGUGAAGGACUCUCCUGAGCCCAGCUAGCCAGCAGGGGGGGGCUUCACCUUGCUGUCCCCGGACAUGGUCAUCUCCCCUGGGCCGAGCCGCAGGGCGAGGGAGGAGCAGAGGUCCCCGGCCGGCCCCUGCUGCACACGCGGGGCCGUGGGAAAGCAGGAGGAUGGGAACGGACCUGCGAGCUGCCGGGGGGGAGCCGGAAGGGCUAAGGGUGCCCGGCUCUGGGGAGUUGGACCCAGCCCCUGCUCGGCUCGAGGGUGCUGAGUGUGAGAGAACCGCAGUGCGGCGGCCGGCUCCGGUGAGCCGCUUUCCCGCCAGGCCCCCUGCUCGUUCGCUGUCCAGUGCGCUCCCCUGCCCGGCUGUCCGGCCCUGUGCAUCUCCCCCUGACGGCAAUGGCGGGGGAGGGGGCGGGGGGCAGACCCAGGCACCCCCCCACUGGUGUUUCCUAGUCUCGUUGCGUGACCAUUUGUCGUGUUUCCACAGCUUGGUGUACAAGAAAUGCUGUUGGGGGGGGGGAGGCCCAGACCUCUGCACAAUAAACCCCUGGUUGUGUGUUGGA